CCCCAGUCCUCCCUUGGGGCUGAGGAGAGCAACACUCAGGCUCUUUCAUCUGGCUUUUAACAAUCUAACAGCCCUCUUCAGGGUCACCCUAUAAUCAGAUCUGCUCCCCAGUGUUUUCUGGUUCCUGGUAUUUCUUGGAACCCUGAAUUGACCAUGACAGGAUGGAGCUGCCUUGUGACAGGAGGAGGAGGAUUUCUGGGUCAGAGGAUCGUCCGCUUGUUGGUGGAGGAGAAAGAGCUGCAGGAAAUCAGGGUCCUGGACAAGGUCUUCAGACCGAAAGUGAGGGAGGAAUUUUCUAAGCUCCAGAACAAGACCAAGCUGACAGUGCUGGAAGGGGACAUUCUGGAUGAGCAGUGCCUGAAGAGAGCUUGCCAGGGCAUCUCGGUCGUCAUCCACACGGCCUCCAUCAUCAGCGUCACAGAUAUCACUUACAGAGAGGCCAUCAUAAAUGUGAAUGUGAAAGGUACAGUAGCCCGGGGAGAUGGAGCAAGGUGGGAAAAUGAGGACUAUGACACACCUCACCAAAGCUAUGAUAACUUGAAUUACACUCUGAGCAGAGAAUGGGGCCUUAGCCUUGAUUCCAGAAUGAGCCUCCCUUUAUCUCUGAAGUAUUGGAUUGCCUUCCUACUGGAAAUAGUGAGCUUCCUGCUGAGUCCAAUUUACAAAUAUCAACCCCCUUUCAACCGCCACUUAGUGACAUUGUCAAAUAGUGUGUUCACCUUCACCUACAAGAAAGCUCAGCGAGAUCUGGGAUACGAGCCCCUCUUCAGUUGGGAGGAAGCCAAGCAGAAAACCACGGAGUGGAUUGGUUCCCUGGUGGAGCAGCACAAGGAGACCCUGAAAACCAAGACUCAGUAACCCGAGGUGACAGGUAUGCGGAUAAGGGUCUUGUUAGGAGAUGUCUGUCAAGCUCUCCCCUUCUGGCUUCAUGCAGAAAGUGACAUGGGCACGAGCCCAGGUCCUACUGCCUCCCUUUUACACCAUGGCUAAGUUAUUGUCUUCCUCAUGUCACCCGAAACCUUCCCAGUCACUGGCCCAGCCAGAAGCUUUCUGCCCUAACCAUCAACCAGAGGACAGACACGUGGAAUUGCUUCAGCUGCCGUUACCAACAUCUCAGCUGCUGGUUCUGAACUAUUCAGGGCUUCUUUUUACUUAGAGUUUUGCCCAUUAGUACCAUUUCUUCUCUUAAAUGCUAAAGCAUUUCUUUUCUUUUAAAAAUUCUUAAUCCUUCAGACAGCUUAGUGAAAGAACAAUAAAUGUUUUGAUGCCUAAUCUAGA